CUGCUGUCGUGAGACUGUCAUCUUGUAGCAGCACAGAGUUAGCUCUGGGAUUCAACCAUGCCGCUCGAUAGACUUCCUGGCUGGCUGUUUGCUGUGGCCUAUGGGCUCCUGCUUCUCCUCCUCCGCGUGCAUGGCCAGGACUCAGCCAGCCCCAUCAGGAACACACACACAGGGCAGGUGAGAGGAAGCCUCGUCCAUGUGAAAGACGGUGAACUUGGUGUCUAUACCUUCCUGGGGAUUCCCUUUGCCAAGCCACCUGUUGGACCACUGCGUUUUGCACCCCCGGAGCCCCCUGAGCCAUGGAGUGGUGUGAGAGAUGGGACCUCCUUUCCAGCCAUGUGUCUGCAGACUGAUGUAAUGACUCUAGAGGGCGCUGAGGAGAUGAAUCUGAUCAUGCAUCCCAUCUCUAUGUCUGAGGACUGCCUGUAUCUCAACAUUUACACACCAGCGCAUGCCCGUGAAGGAUCUAACCUGCCUGUGAUGGUAUGGAUUCAUGGUGGUGCACUUGUUCUGGGAAUGGCUUCCAUGACUGAUGGAUCCAUACUGACUGCUACUGAGGAUAUAAUAAUGGUUGCUAUCCAGUAUCGCUUGGGUAUCCUUGGCUUCUUCAGCUCUGGAGACCAGCAUGCCACAGGCAACUGGGGCUACCUGGACCAAGUGGCUGCCCUGCGCUGGAUCCAGCAGAACAUCGCCUACUUCGGAGGCAACCCUGGCCAGGUCACCAUUUUUGGCGGGUCAGCAGGAGGAACAAGUGUGUCUUCACUUGUUGUGUCCCCCAUGUCCAAAGGACUCUUCCACAGAGCCAUCAUGCAGAGUGGAGUGGCCCUGCUGCCUGACCUUAUCUCUGACACACCUGAGGUGGUUUACACAGUGAUGGCCAACCUCUCUGGAUGUAAAGCGAGGGACCCAGAGGCCAUGGUACUCUGCCUCCGAGACAAGAGUGAAGAAGAGAUUCUGGCUAUCAACCAGGUCUUCACUAUGACCCCUGGUGUGGUGGAUGGGACGUUCCUACCUAGGCACCCUCGGGAGCUGUUGGCCUCUGGGGAUUUUCGCCCUGUCCCCAGCAUCAUUGGUAUCGACAGUGAUGAAUUUGGCUGGGGAAUCCCCUUGUACAUGGGCUUUGAUCAUGUCAUAAAGAACAUAACCCGAGAGACCCUGCCGGGUAUUUUGAAGAACACAGCAGCACAUAUGAUGCUGUCUCCUGAAUGUAGUGACCUGCUAAUGGAAGAGUACAUGGGGGAUGUGGAGGAUGCCCAGACCCUGCAAGCACAGUUCAGAAACAUGAUGGCGGACUUCAUGUUUGUGAUCCCUGCACUCCAAGUAGCUCAUUUUCAGCGGUCCCAUGCUCCUGUCUACUUCUAUCAGUUCCAGCACCAGCCCAGCUUCACCAAGCAUAAGCACCUCAGGCCAUCCCAUGUGAGGGCCGACCACGGUGAUCACGGUGCCUUUGUCUUUGGCUCCAACCUCUGGGGCUUGAAACUUGACCUCACUGAGGAGGAGAAGCUGCUGAACAGGAGGAUGAUGAAGUACUGGGCCAACUUUGCAAGACAUGGGAACCCCAACAGUGAGGGUCUACCCUACUGGCCUGAGUUGGGUUAUGAUGAGCAGUACCUGAAGCUGGACAUCCAGCCUGCUGUGGGUAGAGCCCUGAAGGCCAGGAAGCUGCAGUUCUGGACGAAGACUCUGCCUCAGAAGAUCCAGGAGCUAAAGAGGACUCAGGAGAAGCACACAGAGCUUUAGUGCCCUGUGGCGGGAAAGGUGGAUGGGGUCAUCCUGAGGUUACAAAUUCCAUUUAUUUAACUUAUUUGUUUCAAUGCUCACAUAAGCAUUUCUAACCUCAGCUUUUGCCUUUUCAGUCAGGAAGACAAUCCCUCUGGGCGUUACUCCUUAUCCUCUGGACACAUUUUAUUAGACUCAGUAAAUGCUCUCAUAACCAUAUGGAUGUGUGAACCCCAAUGUUCCCCCAUCUUAACACUUCACUGUGAUUAGGCUCGCUCCUCCCUCCCUCUCUCCUUCCUUCCCUCCCUGCUUUCCUUCCUCUCAGCAUCUUUUCACAUCCUCUUUCUCUUCUUUUCCAAGCCUUAGAAUCUCUUCAAAUGAAACAGAAGCUCUGGGCACAAUUGACAACAGGAAUUCCUCUGUCCUUUCUCAUCAAGUUCAUGUUUUCUGUUUCUCAUCUGCCAACAGAAAAUUCUUAAAAUCUGAUUUCCCAAAUCCCUAUUGACUUCAUAAUUUCACAAAGCUGCUCCCAAUAGAUCAUAAACUACAAGCUGGGCUCUUAGCGUCUGUGGCCUCAAGUGUUUGGAGGCUGAGACAGGAGGAUUAUAUAAGCCCAGGGCAAAAUAACAAGGCCACAGCUCAGAAACAAAACCAAAAGUCAUAAUCUCGACAACUUACAAAUGGUAUCAAAUGUACAGUUUUAUAGAUUGAGAAUCAGGUACCAGAUGUCCACAGAUUUGCUUUAUGGUGUCAUACAGGUCUCUUGCUAGAGGUCUCAAGGAUUACAUCUUGAGCCCUCUGCUGGUAGGAUGUGUAAACAAUGGAAUUCCAAGGACAACAUUAAGUCCUGCUGACUUGAACAGGGGACAAGGAAGACUGUCCUCUUAGUGAGACUGACCGUGCAGGUUGUUCCCAUUCUAUGUGUAGAGAAUUUAUUAAAGUUCUUAUUGCAAGCUUGUUUUUGCUUUUCAGUUCUGUACAUACACACUAAACUUCCAACACCGAGCCAGAAUCUGUUCUAGACAUUUAAUAAUGAUCUCACUUUUAGUAUCUUGGCUGUGGGUUGUCUUUAUGGGACGAGGGCUUGAUGUGAGGGCUUAUGUGUGUCAGGCAAGUGCUCUGCCCAAACUAUUCCCUUAGACUACUGUGAACUCUCUUUUAGAUGAAUGACUUCGUAAGUCUGAAAAAACUCGCAUGCAACUGCCGCCACGUCCGGUUCAGAACAGCCCUCACUCCCCCACCAAGGCUUUCCUCAUGCCCCUUUGCUGUCAUUCACUGGCCACUGUAACCAAGACAUUACUUAAAUUGCUAUAUUGGGGCUCGUUUCCAGUGAAGUACAAGUGGAAAGUUGGGUGACUGGCUGUGACACUUCACACAAUGUUUUUGUUUGCUUCUACUGUGGAAUGCCAUCCAGCUGUGCACACACCACAUUCUAUCCACUUACCCUAACGAUGGGCAACUGCUUAUUUUCACCCAACCUAUUGUUUCACUUGUUUAUUUGCUCUUCAUUUUUGCACAAGGUCUCUAUGUAGCCCAGGCGGACCCUGAAUUCGUGAUAUCACUGCCUUGGCGUCCUGAGUGUUUAAAUUAUAGGCAUGAGCCUCCAAUCCCGGGUUUGUAUUUUAAUAAAGCUGUAUGGAUAU